GUCGAAGAUCCGGUUUGUUCAGGCGAAACUUCCGCUUUGUGUCGUUUCCAUAAUUUGGAGCCUGGUACAUAACAGAAGGAUUUAAAUGGAUUUAAAGGUCUAAAGGAUGUACACACUACUGUCAGGCUUGUGGAAGUACAUGUUCCAGAAGGAUGAGUAUUGCAUUCUGAUCCUGGGAUUGGACAAUGCAGGCAAAACUACCUUCUUGGAGCAGACAAAAACCAAGUUUAACCGUAACUACAAAGGAAUGAACUUAUCAAAGAUUACUACUACAGUUGGCUUAAACAUUGGCACCAUUGAUGUUGGAUCAGCACGCCUGAUGUUCUGGGAUCUUGGAGGACAAGAAGAACUGCAGUCAUUAUGGGACAAGUAUUAUGCAGAAUCCCAUGGUGUAAUAUAUGUGAUUGAUUCCACUGAUGAAGAGAGAUUGUCUGAGUCAAAAAUAGCUUUUGAAAAAAUGAUCACCACUGAAGUGCUUGAAGGAGUUCCAUUGUUGGUAUUAGCUAACAAACAGGAUAUAGAGACCUGCCUUUCAGUGGGAGAGAUUAAAACAGCUUUUAGUGAUUGUGCUCCAAAAAUAGGAAAGAGAGACUGUUUGGUCCAGCCAUGCUCAGCACUUACUGGACAAGGUGUAAAUGAUGGAAUUGAAUGGAUGGUCAAAUGUGUGAUUAGAAACAUUCACAGGCCACCGAGGCAAAAAGAUAUCACAUAAAACAGUUCCUUCAGAUCUCAAACUGAACUUUAAAUUUCCUGUUUUAUCAGAGAUGCUGAUUUGUAGUUCAACUGAUCCAAUGGAUCUCCAGACUUCUUGGAAAUACGCCAGCUGAAAACAGUCACAAACUCUCAAUGCUCAGUAAUUGUGAUAUCUUUAUAGUCAGAGUUUCUAAUUGUAAACCACUAUAGUAAUACUUUCCCUGCAUUUGUAUUGCCUGCUCUUUUUGUGUAUUUGUGGAAUGUUUUAGUGCACGUAUUUAUCCUGCCCAUUGAUAAUUUUAUUGAAUAUAUGAACUGUCAUUACAGUUUUAGAAAAGCUCUCCCUAAACCACCUAUCUUUUCUUCUACAUGCAAAUUAAGAAUUUCACUGAAUUAGCCGAAGAGUAGUGCAGACUGGCUAAAAAACGGUUGUUGCUGGGUUUGAUCAGUAAACUAGUCAUAGCUGAGGCAAUGAAAUGAGUGAUAAAUUUAACCACCACACCCACAGAUUAGUGAGGAAGAACCAGCCAGGGCACUCACACUUGAUUCCAUAGAGCACUCCUUUUUGAAAUGUACAUUUAUCAAUGCAGACUGAGGAUAAAAUUGAGUUUGUUCUCCAAAAGCAUCCCACCAUGGAUCUUUCAUGAAUAAUAGUCAGUUAAUAAAAUGAAACAAUCUGUCAAACAACAUGCAUGAAACAGUUGGCAGGGGAGGGAGAAAAUUGGGAAAGAAAGGGGGAAUAUUUUAGAAAUAAUUUUUGACUUGUGUGAAGUAAGCGGUGGACUUAAGUCAGCAUGCAAGAUAGUAUACUACAGUUGACUGCAAUAUAGAUUCUAUCUUCAAAUGAGAAUAACGAUGACAUCACAUGUUUAAAUGAUGACAGUGUUCUUUACCAGGAAAGGUUCUAGGUUUCCUGCUAGGUGGCUGGUGGGGCAAUGUUGUUCACUGUUCUAGGAAGCAACGGACAUUCCUGUGUGUUGUAGGUUGCAACAGAAUACUGCUGAUGUAUAAAAUGAGAGUUUGGGGAAAAAACUGGAAAUUUAACUUUUCAUGCACCACCUCCCAUCAGCCUGUGAACCACGGAACCAGAUGGAAGCAGCCAGUUAUGUAGUGCACACUUUUAUCUGGUAUAUUUCUUUGUUUUGCUAAUUUUGUAAACAAUAAAUCUUGGGAGAUAUAUAUUUUACAUCUGUAACUGUUGAAGUAACUUUGGUUGCAAACGUUAACGUUUGCAAUAGGUUCCUGCAAAAGGCACUUUCUUUCCAGCAUGGGGUCAGAACAGGGAUUGGCGGUAAUGUCUAAACACUUCACUGAACAUUUGUAAAAUGUAGAUUUUAUUUUGCUGUACUAUUAUUCCUUUAUUUUAUUACUAAUCCAAAAAGAGAGUCAUUGUAACCUCAUUUUGGUGGUCUCAAUUUCUAUUCCUUAUUUCAAAUAAAAAAUGUAUUAACAAUA